AUGGCCUCGCUGCUGUCCGUGCAGGAGGAGAACCGGAUCCUGCAGCAGGAGCUGUCCCGGGUGGAGGAUCUGCUGGCGCAGAGCCGGGCGGAGCGCGAUGAGCUGGCCAUCAAAUACAACGCGCUCAGCGAGCGGCUGGAGCAGAGCCUGCAGCUGGAGCCGGGGGAAGCAGCCGAGAGCCGGAGCCUGGCCCAGCACAACAUCGAGCUCCGGAGGCUGCUGGAGGAGGAGCAGGCUGCCUACAAGAGGAAGCUCCAGGCGUACCAGGAGGGCCAGCAGCGCCAGGCCCAGCUGGUGCAGAAGCUCCAAGCCAAGGUAAAUCCUUCCCGGGGGGGGCGCUGGGAUAAUUUGGGGUCACCCCCGGUGGGUGUCACCCCCCCCGGGCCUCCCCAGGUGCUGCAGUACAAGAAGAAAUGCGGGGAGGUGGAGCAGCAGCUGCUGGAGAAGGCGACGGAGCUGGAGCAGGAGAGGCUGACGGUGAGGGGAAUUCGGGGGCCCCCAAAUCCCCAGACGGGGGUGAUGGCCAGCGGGGGGAUAUUCCCACAGAUCCAGCUGGAUGCCAGCGGCUCCCAGCCCGAGGAGGAGAGCAGCAACGAGCUGGAGAAUGCCCUGAUCCGGCUGGAGGAGGAGCAGCAGAGGAGCAGCAGCCUGGUGCAGGUGAACUCGAUGCUGCGGGAGCAGCUGGAACAGGCCAACGUGGCCAACGCGGCGCUGAGCGAGGACAUUCGGAAGCUCACGGCCGACUGGGCACGGGCCCGGGACGAGCUGGAGCAGCGGGAGGCGGAGUGGAGACGCGAGGAGGAGUCCUUCAACACCUACUUCAGCAACGAGCACAGCCGGCUCCUGAGCCUCUGGCGGCAGCUGGUGGCCUUCAGGCGCCACUUCGGGGACAUGAAAGCCACCACCGAGAGGGACCUGGCGGAGCUCGGCCACGAGGUGUCCCGGACCGGCCGGGCCGCCCACGCCGCCUGCCUGCACCUGGCGGCCAACCUGAGGCUGGCCGAGAGCCAGGCGGGAGCGGCCCGGGAGCGGCAGGAGCUGCGCCUGGAGCAGCUGCAGGAACAGCUGGAGGCGCGGGCAAGGGACGCGGAGCUGGAGAAAGCUGCCCUGGCAGCCAGGGCGGAGGAGCUGACGGCGGCCCUGGAGCAGCGGCGGAGCGAGGACGAGGAGCGGGAGCGGGCGGUGGAAGCGCUGAGCCUGCGGCUGCGGGAGCUGGAGGCCGCUCGUGCCCGGGAGCUGGAGCAGGCGCGGGCUCUGCGCUCCGAGCUGCAGCUGCUGCGCCGGACGCUGCACGAGGUCACCCAGGCGGUGCUGGCGGAUGACCCCGAGCCUGCCGUGCUCUCCGUGUCCCCCGCGUGUCCCGGGGUGUCCCCCGCGUGUCCCGGGGUGUCCCCUCUCCGCAGCCUCUCCGCCAGCGCCGCCGCCGCCGCCGUUCACGCGGCGCUGAGCCGGCGGCAGCUGCAGCUGCAGGAGGCCCGGAGCCAGGUGGAGGCGGGCCGGGAGGCGGCCGGGAGCCUGCGGCGGGAGCUGGGAAUGCUGGAGCAGCGGCUGGAGCAGCUGGGAGCCGAGGCCGGGAGCUGCCGGCGGGCGCAGGAGGAGGCGCAGCGGGAGGAGCUGCGGCUGCGGGCCCAGGCCGAGGGGCUGCGCAGGGAGCUGGGCCGUGCGGAGGCGGCGCUGGCGGAGGAGCAGCAGCGGGCCGGGGCUCUGCAGCAGGAGCGGGAGCAGCUCCGGCGCCAGAGCGAGGAACUGCGGGAUUCCCGGGAAGAGGCGGCUCGGGAUGCCCAGAGCGCCCGGGAGCAGCUGGAGAGCAGCCGGCAGCAGCUGCAGGAGCUGGAGCUGCAGCGGGCGCGGGCUCAGCGGGAGCUGCUGGAGGCUCGGGAGGCGCUGAGCCGGGCGCUGCUGGACGCGGAGCUGGCCCGGGGCGAGCAGGAGGCGCUGGCGGAGGCUCUGGGCAAGGCUCAGGGCAGCUGCGGGGAGCUGGCGGGGGCCCGGCGGGCGGCGGAGGCGGAGGAGUCGCGGCUGCGGGACGCGCUCGCCAGGACCAGCGAGCUGGCGGCCGGGCUGGCCCGGGACAAGGCGGAGCUGAGCCGGCGGCUGGAGCGGCUGGAGCAGGAGCGGGAGCGGGGCCGGCUGCGCACCCGGGAGCUGUGCCGGGAGCUGGCGCUGCUGCGGGCGCGGCUGGAGCGCGGCCCCCGGCCCGGCAGCGAGCGGCGGGAGGAGCUGCGGGAGCUGCGGGGGCUCCACGAGCGGCUGCGCCAGAGCCUCGGCCAGGCGGUGCAGGAGCAGAGCGCGGCGGGCGAGGCUCUGGCGCGGGCGCGGGCGGAGCAGGAGCGGCUCCGGGCGGAGCAGGAGCGGCUGGGCCGGACACAGGCGGCGCUGGCCCAGGACGGGGCCGGACUGGCCGUGCAGCUCGAGGCUGCCCAGCGCCGGGACCGGCAGCGGAACCGAGAGGCGGCCGGGCUCAGGUCGGAGAAGGAGGGGCUGGAGAGCAGCGUGUUCCAGCUGCAGCAGGAGCUGGCCCAGCUCCAGGCCCACAAUCAGCAGCUGGAGGCCCAGGGCCGGACACUGACCCAGGCCAAGGAGGCGCUGGAAGCGGAGCUGGCCGUGGCGCGGCGCGAGCGGACGCAGGAGCUGCGGGAGCGGCGCCAGGAGGAGCUGGAGGCCGAGCGGGGCCGGCUGGUGCAGGAGCACGAGGAGCUGGUGGCCGAGCUGGCGGCAGCACGGCAGCAGCGCCACAGCGAGAAGCAGCAGGCUCUGGCGCUGCAGGAGGAGGAGCGGGUGGCCCUGGCGGGGACACUGGCAGGGCUCCAGCAGAGCCUGGACAAGGCCAUGGCCGAGCUGGAGCAGCGGCGGCAGGAGGUCACCGGCCACCAGGAGAAGGAGCAGGUUUUGGCCGCGGAGCUGCGCUCGCUGCGGGCGCGGGCGGAGGAGGCGGCGCUGAGCCACGAGCGGGAGGCGAGGACGCUCCGGGAGCGAGCGGCAGCGGCGGCCCAGCAGCGGGACAGCGCCCUGCGGGAGGCGGAGGAGGCGCGGGCGCAGCUGCGGGCGGCGGCGGAGGCGCGGCGGGAGCUGCUGGAGGCGCAGCGAGAGGCUCGGGAGAGCAGCCAGGGCGAGCGGCGGAGGGCGCAGGAGGCUCGGCGGGCCCUGGAGGACGCGGAACGGGAGAAGGAAGCGCUGCAGAGCUCCAGCGAGGAGCUGCGGGCCGCCCUGCGGCGCUCCGAGGGGGAGCGCAUCAGCCUGAAGCGCUCCGGGGAGGACAAGGAGCAGCGGCUGGCGCUGCUGGAGGCGGCGAGGGCGGCGGCGGAGCGGGAGGUGUCGGAGCUGCGGGCGGCGCUGCGGGGGCUGGAGAGCGCCCGCCUGGAGAACCGCCGGGAGCUGCAGGAGCUGCGCCGACAGGUCAGGGACAGCGGGGGGACAGACAGCGGGGGACAGCGGGGGGGACACAGAGCCUCCCCGAAGCGCUGGUCCCCCCGCGGGCAGGUGAAGGAGCUGGACAGCGAGAACAGCCGGCGGGGCCGGGAGCUCGGGGAGCUGCAGGCCAGGGUGGCCCUGGAGGAGCAGCGGGAGCAGCGGAGCCGCCGCGAAGCCUCCGGCCUCAGGCAGAAGGUGGCGGAGAGCGAGGCCGGCACCGAGGCUGCCAGGAAGGAGCUGCAGCAGCUGCAGCAGCGCCUGGCAGCGGCGGAGCUGCAGUUCCGGCAGCGGGAGCAGGAGCUGGCCCGCAGCCUGGAGGAGGCUCGGGGCAAUGAGAAGAAGCUGCUGGCGGACGCUCGGAACCUGCAGCUCAAGGUGGAGGCGGCGCGGGCCGAGGUGGCGGAGCUGGGGCUGCGGCUGAGCGCGGCUCAGGGCCGGGCGCAGGGGCUGGAGGCGGAGCUGGCCCGGGGCGAGGAGCAGCGCAGGGCCACCGAGUCCCGCCUGGGCGGCCUCGAGGCCACCCUGCGCCGCACCGUGGCCGUGGCCAGGGCCAAGGGUGGCGGAGCUGGGGCUGCGGCUGAGCGAGGGGUCCCGGAGGGCCCGGCCAGCCCCGGUUCACUCCCGGACGCCUCCGCGGAUCCCGAGGCGCUGCGGGCGGCGCUGCGGGAAUUCCUGCGGGAGCUGCAGGACGCGCAGCGGGAGCGGGAGGAGCUCCGCGGGGAGCUGCGCAGCCAGGCCCGGCGGCUGCGGGAGGCCGAGGCGGAGCGGGACAGCGCCCGCGGCCGCGCCCAGCAGCUCCAGAGGCUGCUGGAGGACAGCGAGCAAGGCCGGAGGGAGCUGAGCGCCGCCCGGGCCUCGCGGCUGCUGCAGGACGAAUCCCUGCGCAAUUCCCGGCGGGAAUGCCGCGAGCUGCGGGACAGAGCGGCCGCGCUGCGGGACAGCCUGAGCACCGCCGAGAGACAGCGCAGGGCCGCGGAGGAGAAGCUGGGGGAGCUGGAGGGGGCCCGGCAGAGGCUGGAGCUGUGCGAGAGCCGCAGCUCCCGGCUGGAGGCCGAGCUGGGCCGGGCCCGCCGGGCGCUCGCUGAGAGGGACGCGGAGGCUCGGGAGGCGCGGGAGAGAGCGGAGCAGCUCCAGGGACAGCUGGCUCGGGCCGGGGCCCGCCCGGUUCCGUUCCCGGUGCCGUUCCCGGUUCCGCCGGGGAGCGGCUCCAAGGGGGAGGCUCCGGCCGGGUCCCCGCUCCACGAGCGGCUCCUGCAGCUCCAGAACGCGCUGGCCGCCGGCGAGAUGGACCGGAGGCUGCUCCAGGAGGGGCUGGAGGAGGCGCGGCGGGCGCUGGCGGAGGCGCGGCGGGAGAAGGGAAUGCUCCGGGAGCAGCUCCGGGCCCUCCAGGCGCAGCUCUCGGUGCUGGAGCUCCGGGCCCGGCCGCUCCCCGGGGCGCCUGCGGAGCUGCGGCGGGAGCUGGAGCGGAUCCGGCUCGGCCGGGGGGACCUGGAGGAGCAGAUCGCGCUGCUCAAGGAGCAGGAGCUGCAGCGCCAUCCCAGCGGGAUUUAG